AUGAUCGUCAGCGGAUCUUCAACCAACUAUCGAGAGACACACAAGAAUAGUCAUCAUCAACAAACAGAUUUAGCAAGCAAUGAUGAUCCGAUUGAUAGUUAUCUCUCUCAAGAUCGAAACUCGUCGUCGCAAACCAUUCAAGAAGUCGCAUCCAGCGCGCUAAUUGAUAGUCUAGCAGCCGAAUGGUGGUCGGCGAAUCUCUCUCAAACUGUGAUUAAUGAUUUACUUGAAAAUCUUAUUCCAAUAGUAGUCUUAGGCUGCGAAAAAGUGAUUAACGAAGCGGAUGAACUUCAUUUAAUUGAAACAACCACACCGGAUCGAUCAUUCAAUCCGAUUAAUCGUUUAGCAUCGUUUCUAAUGCGUAAUAAUCCAAAAUAUAUGCACUUCUCGGCAUUAUCACCGUAUCAUUAUACAAUGAAAACAUUGUUAAACACGAAAAAGAUUCAAGUUUUGAAAGUUUAUGGCGAAGAGGAGACACUGUUGCGUACAAUUCUAAAACAAAGACAAAAUGAGCGUCUGGAACAUCAGGAUGUCACGAAUCAAGAAGAAGAACGACGAAAGAAUCUGUUGAAAACAUUCUUUUUCGAUUGGAACGUACCCGAAAGAGGUUGGAUUCAGACUAAUUUGAUCAACAAUAUGCUCGAACAAUCGAAUGAACUUUCGAAAAGUACCGAUUUGAAAAUCAAUUUACCGGUAUUUCAAUCACAUCGAAUGCAUCUUGGAACUUUUACGGAUAAUUUUUUUAACGGCUUGAAAAACCAAUCAGCAAAUAACUUCGAUUCUAUUAUUGAAAUCUAUCGCCGUUGUGCUCAAACCUAUUCGAAUAUUGUCCAAGAGCACGAACUCGACCUUCUUUUGCAACGUGUUUUCAAUCAAUUGGAUGAUAAACAAUGCGGUUAUCUCCUUCGAAAAACCAUAAUGAAAUUAUUGCAAAAAUUCUACAAUGGGCUAACUGAUCAAGACAAGCGAAACGUCAAUCGACCCGAUGAAUGGCCGGUUAUAAAGCAAACAGUUCCGGAAGAAGAGAUUCUCGAAGAAAGUUUACCUGAAUCAGAAAAGGUCGAAGAAGAAAAGCCAGCGGAAGCCAAAGAACCAGAAAAACCAUCGGGUGAAUCGACCACGAACGAACAAGAGAAAUCUGCUGAAACCGCCGAAAAGGAAAAACCUGCUGAAGGAGGCGAGCAGCAUAGUAAAGAGAAACCAGUGGAGGAAACCGAACAUCAAGAAAAAGAGAAAGCAAAAGACGAGACACAAACGAAUAAUCAAGAGAAACAUCCAGAAGAACCAAAAACAUCGGAACAUGAAAAACCUGCUGAAUCACCUAAGCCAGCUGAUCAAGAAAAAGUUGCAGAAAAACCUAAACCAAAUGAGCAAGAGAAGGCAGCUGAAAAACCGAAAACCAUCGAGAACAAAUUGUCAGCUACAACAUUAGCAGAUAAUCAUGAAGUGAAAACUGACGAGAAGAAAAAGGUUGAGGAACCUAAAGAAGAAGAGGACGAUGAAGAAAAGUUUGUUGUUGAAUUAAAACAACCUUCGGCUUAUGAUCCGAACUAUCGAUAUACAAGGGAACAAAAAUCUGUCUAUAAUUUAGAACAUUUUGAUACCAAUGAUCAAAAUAAAUCGGCUCCAUACGAAGACGAACUAAUUGAUAAAAAACAAUUCAGUGCUAUGUUAAUAUCAUUCUCCGGUUUGAAGAAGAACGACAUGGUCGUUUCCGCUUUAAUCGAUUUCUUUCGAACUUCAUACAAAGAAUCAGAAGAAGACAGUACUAGCAAGAAAACUCUUUUGCAACAACGACUUCUUGAAGAACAACGACGUAUACAAACUGAUUCCUUAUUUGAAAAACUGAAUACGACCUGUACCGGUCUUCUCAAACUCGAACCAAUCGUCAACAUUCUCAAACAGUACAAAGAAGGCACUGUUGUUGAUCACAUCGACGAAGUUCUCGAAUUGUACCAUGAUAAACAACAGCUGACCAACGAACAAUUUUUUGAUUUUCUUGUUACCAUUCACCGAACACUUAAUGAAGCAUUAGGUGGCGAAGAAAGAUUCGACGAACUCCUGAAAUACAUCGAAAGCCAACAACCACAAGCCAAUUCAAAUGAUCAAACACGUAUACAUACACGUCAAAAAUGGUUAAAACGUAUACGCAACAUUCCAUUUCAAACAGUUGCCCAUGUUUACAAAGAAAUCAUGGAUAUUAUUCAAAAGGAUUCCGACACUUUUGGCACUCAGCCAAACAAACAUUUAAGCAUUUACAUUGCACUUUUGGAAGACGAUAAAAAUCAUUUACGAUAUGUCGCUACAACCAACGAUCAAAGCGAUUUACUUUUAGGAAAGACUCUACAUCGCGAUCAAGGCAUUUCUUUUCAAGUACUCGAAAAUGGUCGGUGGGCUUAUAUCAAUCAAACGAAAAAUCAUUCUCGAAUUUAUUUCUUCAAACCUGACGCUGCACAUGAUUCGGGCAGCUUCGUACUCAUGCCGUUGAAACGUUUACAACGAAAAUAUUCCAGUGGUGUUCUAGGCAUUGAUACAUUACAAGACAAACGAGAAAAAGCAUUUGUUAAACAUGAAGUUCAAUUUUAUGAAGGGAUUACAUCGAUUCUAUCGGAUACAUUGACCUUACUUGAUCUUCAUAGUAACAUCCUGAAAAUUUUCCAUCGAUUUAUCUACUGGAUUAAAGAACGAAAAUUCGAAAUUUCAUCAAUCGAUUAUUACACAUACGAACCGACUUCAUUAAACAAUCCUCAAGAACGUAUCCUCUAUCAUAUCUUAACCUAUUCCAAUGGACAAAUUAUGAAAUUGGACACACCGAAGGUGAUCAAUAGUCGUGAACAAGUUUUUAAAUAUCAUCUGGAAUAUGCAGCCACGACCUGUCAAUCGACAAUGACAGCAUUCCUCGACGACACUCAUAUGAUCCAAGCAUUGCGUGGAAAGGAUAAUUUCUGUUGUGCUUUGAUUGAUACGAAUAUCGGACAAAAAGAAAAACUACCAAAAGAACAACGAGAAGAUAUAGUUACCAUGUUUCAAUGUAUGAACCGAGCGGUUGACUUGCUAGCCGAAGAAUUAUACGAAGAUAAAUCGCAACGAAUACUAAACUAUGAAAAACAAUCCGAAGAAUUGCGUUUGAAAUAUCUCUUUGAUCGCAUUUGGUAUCGGGAUGUUUGUAAUAAACUGAAAGAGUUUCCAUCGGAGAAAUUGCAAGAUUUCAUUAAUAAUAAAUUGAAAUCCAAUGAACAAAUCAAACCUGUUUUUUCGUCUAUCAGUCAAAUUAUCAAAGAGCGAGAAAUCAAACCAGCUGAUUAUCUCAAAGAUCUUGUUCCACUUAUGUACACAUUCGAUCCAACCAAUGUCGAAACAUUCCAAAAUGAAGCGUGGAAAAGCGUUGACCAAUCUUUGCAAAAUCUUGAUCGGUCCACCUGGCGACCACCGUCUUCUGACGUCAUGAAACUUUUCGCUAAUUGGCUAAAUCUCGCCAAUGUACUUCAUCAGAAUUCCGCCAUUCAAUCAAAUUAA